CCCAGUCGUAAGCGCGAUCGUACGCGUCACGAGCUCCUAACAGCGCUACGGACAUACGAACUUGUCCAAUUAGUGCUUUCGCGGAACAAGACUGGUUUCAACGGUGAAAUAGAACGAAGUAUAAGCAACAUGAACUCAUUGGAGCAAUUACAUAAUUAUGUCUUGUUAUAGUGUUGUCUCUGUAGUUUAAUAUAAUGAUCGAGUUAAAGUGAAGUUAGUGGUGAAAACAAUGUGUAUAAUGUGGCUUGCGAGCGCUCUGUUAGCGCUUAGCGUUGUCGCCCCAACAAGGACUGCAUCUCUGUCAACAACGGGAGCUCGGUACCAAGCUCCCGACGAGUGCAGAUGGACUACUGACGACAAUGAUGCUGGAGUGGCAUUGCAGUGUAGAUUAAGAACAAUCAAUAGUGAAUUAGAAAACACAAACUUUAGUGCUAUACAACCUCAUCUAACAGUGCGAUUGCGUCUCGAAUGUAGUGAUGCACUGUUCUUCCAAAGUUCCUUGGCUCCGGGUAGCUUUCGGCAGUUAAUAGAGUUGAGAGAACUGACUAUUGAAUAUUGUAAAAUAGGAAACUUAUCUGAUGGUGCUUUUACUGGUCUCAGGGAACUCAGAAAUUUAACGAUCCGAACGCAUAAUACUGAUUGGUCUACCAUGUCACUAGAAAUAACACCAACGGCGUUUUCCCGCGAUGUUCAAAGUUUAGAACGAUUGGAUCUUAGUGAAAAUAAUAUGUUAACCUUUCCCGACGGAGCUUUGUGUACGCUUAGAAACUUGGAACAUCUAAAUAUGACUGGAAACAGGAUGAGAGACAUCAGUCAUUUUCAGUUUUCGACGGCGCAUCGACAUCCUUCUGAAAAAUGCGGCGAUAAUCUUAUUGUAUUGGAUUUAUCGAGAAACCUAAUAGACACUAUGCCACCGGGACUCUUAUCGGGUCUUAAGAAAUUACAAAAACUGUAUUUGCACGAGAACGGAUUAAACUCUGUUGCAGAUAGAGCUUUAGAAGGAUUAAAUUCACUUACAACGGUUAGACUUUCUGACAAUCAACUUACAAGUUUGCCACCCGAAUUGUUCAGCGAUACUAAAGAUUUAAAAGAGAUAUAUCUGAACAACAACACGAUAACAGUACUUGCGCCAGGAUUAUUUAGUGAUUUGUUUCAACUGUUAGUGCUGGAUUUGUCACAUAACGAAUUAACGUCGGACUGGAUUAAUACCUCAACGUUUUCCGGAUUAAAACGACUCGUAUUUUUGGAUUUUUCACACAACAGAGUAUCCAAAAUAGAGAUAGCUUUAUUUAGAGAUUUGUAUAACCUGCAAAUAUUGAAAAUGCAAGAUAAUUUUAUCGAGCACAUUCCCGAAAAUGUAUUCAGUUCACUUAGAAAUUUACAUACAUUAAUAUUAUCGAACAACCGAUUAACAAACAUAGAGAGUUAUGCGUUCACUGGUUUGAAUGCCUUAUCUGUACUGUCAAUAGAUAGCAACCGAAUAACAAAAAUACAUCCGCAUGCUCUACGCAAUUGUACGUCUCUACAAGAUUUGCAUAUAAAUGGAAACAGGCUCGAUGAGGUGCCGAUUGCAUUGAAAGAAAUCCCACAACUUAAAACUUUAGACUUGGGGGAAAAUCUGCUUAUCAGCAUUGAAAAUGCAUCUUUCAUGACUAUGCAACAAAUGUACGGACUUAGAUUGACUGAGAAUAAUAUUGGAAAUAUUAGUAAAGGUGUAUUUGAUAAGAUGACGUCUUUGAAAAUUCUUAACCUUUCGAGGAAUAAAAUCCACAAAAUAGAAGCGGGCUCAUUCGAUGGUAACGUGAAUCUACAAGCAAUAAGACUAGAUGGGAAUUAUUUGACCGAUAUCGGGGGUCUUUUCGCAAAGUUACCUAAUUUAGUUUGGCUGAACAUUUCCGAUAACCGCUUGGAAUGGUUUGACUAUGCAAUGAUUCCAACUGGAUUGCAGUGGCUGGACAUCCACGCUAACAGGAUUGCUGAACUUGGAAAUUACUUUGAGAUUGAAUCACAAUUGUCUCUGAGCACAUUUGACGCAAGUUCAAACAAACUAACAGAAAUAACCGGCAGCUCCAUUCCCAAUUCUGUGGAGAUGUUAUAUUUAAAUGAUAAUUUGAUAGCAAAAGUUCAGUCUUAUACAUUUUUCAAAAAACCAAAUCUUACUAGAGUGGAUUUAUAUGGGAAUAAAAUAACUAAUUUAGAUCCGAAUUCAUUAAGAAUAUCUGCAGUGCCUCAAGAUAAAUCAGUGCCAGAAUUCUUUAUCGGCGGAAAUCCAUUAGAAUGUGAUUGCACAAUGGAAUGGCUACAAAAAAUAAACACUGGUAACAGAGCGCGUACACAACCCAAACUAAUGGACUUGGAUAGUAUAUAUUGUAAAUUAUUAUACAACCGUGGAAAUGCAUACGUGCCAUUAGUUGAAGCCGCAUCACAUCAGUUUCUGUGUAAAUACGAUUUUCAUUGCUUCGCCUUAUGUCAUUGUUGCGACUUUGAUGCCUGUGACUGUGAAAUGACAUGUCCAAAUAAUUGUACCUGUUAUCACGACCAAUCUUGGUCCGCAAAUGUUGUGGAAUGUUCAAGCGCUGGGUAUGUGAACUCUUUACCUGAUCGCAUACCGAUGGAAGCCACACAACUGUACCUCGAUGGUAAUGACAUAAAAAUGUUACCAAGUCAUGCGUUUAUUGGAAGAAAACGACUAAAAAUAUUAUAUCUGAACUCAUCGAAUAUAGAAAACAUACAUAACCGCACUUUCAACGGUUUGAAAGAACUUGAGACAUUACAUCUUGAUUACAAUCAAUUGAUUGCAAUUGAAGGUCAAGAAUUUGAUGGAUUAGAAAACCUGCGUGAACUUUAUUUAAACAACAACAAGAUUAAGACUAUUGGAAAGGAAAUGUUCAAUCACAUGUCUCAUUUAAAAAUAUUACAUUUACAUCAAAAUAGGAUUACAAUGCUAUCCGUCUGGCAAAUAAGCCCAUCAAUAACUUCUUUAACACUCUCAUACAAUCCUUGGUCAUGUGAUUGCGAUUUUACAGAAAUGUUUCGGGAAUGGACAAAGCGAGUAUCAUCUAUAACUGAUUUAUCGAAUGUAAGAUGCAUAUAUUCGUAUAACAUCACAAAUGGAACACAGAACAGAGAUAUUAUGUCAUACGAUUUUAGCGCCGGAUUUAAUAUUAUUGAAGAAAACGGAACUAUCUGUACAGGACUACCAAGCAUUAACAACAGUAUAAAUGGAAAUUUAACAGCGACAAAAACUAUAAUCACAAAUGAAGAUCUUCAAGAUUAUAUUCCAUUGCUUGUAUCAACAAUGGGAGCGUUUUUACUCGUAUUAUUUGGAGUUAUGAUAGUAUUCAUAUUCAGGCAAGAGAUGAGGGUUUGGUUCCAUGCCAAAUUCGGAGUACGACUGUUCUAUAAAGUGAGUGAGGUAGACCGCGAUGACAGAGAAAAAUUAUAUGAUGCGUUUGUGAGCUAUAGUUCCAAAGACGAAGAAUGGGUUACUGAGAACCUUGCACCUAUGUUAGAACGAGGUGAUCCCUCUUACAAUCUGUAUUUACACUACCGAGAUUUUCCAGUCGGUGGUUACGUAGCAGACAAUAUAAUACAAGCAGUAGAAUCAUCGCGGCGAACAAUUAUGAUACUUAGUGAAAAUUUUAUAAAAUCUGAGUGGUGCCGUUUUGAGUUUAAGUCAGCCCACCAUCAAGUUCUAAGAGAUAGGCGAAGGCGAUUGAUAGUGAUAGUGCUUGGAGAAGUGCCACAGAAGGAUCUCGACCCAGAUAUACGGUUGUAUUUAAAAACAAAUACACAUAUACAAUGGGGAGAUAAAUUGUUUUGGGAGAAGUUGAAAUUCGCGCUGCCGGACGUUAACAGUAAACAGAGGCGCCGCGGUUUGCCUAGUCCGGGGGCGAGUGCUAUGGCUAUGCAUAGGCAUCAUCAUCCUAGAAGUCAUCUUGGGGCAUUACCAACGCCACCAGUGCAUGGGGCGCACCCGGUAUUGCCUCCUCACCCGUCACACGCAGUUCAUCAAAUGCCUUCUCGGUCAUCACCAAGAAACCUUUCCGUCCAUGUGUAGUGAUUAAAGACAAAGAGUGAAGUGAUCGUACAGUUCCAAAUAACGCGUGUGUAUAUUGUGAUGGCUAGUCCGUUAGUGUAUUUAUUGUAAAUAUCACAAUUUGUCGUAAGUGUUGAAGCUUUAUUUGUAUAUAUAGUUUUAGCUACACAAUUUCAAACUGCUUUAACUUUAUAUCACUUACACAUUAUGCAUUUAUCUAAUUUUCAUUACUUUAAUCGGCGAUGAAUUACAUACUAUUAUAAUAUAUGUGUUGAUAUUUUAGCCUAUAUAAUAUGGGCUGUGCUUGUCAGGCAAACUUGUCUUGCCCACUACUAUUAGAACGACUUAAAAUGGCAAUAUUGCCAAAAUCUGUGAUAAUUUUAGAUAUAGUUAGUUAGGACGUAUAAAUAAAUUCCCGUCAAUGUAUAUUUUGUAAUUUAGUUUACUAAAGAAGAUAUUUAUUGUAAAAAUGUGGUCCAAAAGUGAUAAACAGAAAUAAAAGAAAUGAUUGAUUAAAAAAAUA